GUGCUUUCUCGUUUGCAUGUCAAUAUGAUCUCUCUCUCGUUGUUGCCAGAGCUACAUUACAGGCUUUCUGCUGUACUAUUCAGAAAUGUAUUUUCUGUCUUGCUUUGUCUUGUGUUGCACUUGCUUGAUGUUCAACUGUGUUAGGAAGGUUGUUGACUCGCUAGUUUGUCGUAAACAAAGUAAGCAAAUGUCAAUAGGUUUCGCCAAGUUUAGCCGCUAGCAAGACAUCUCGUUAGCAAUGUUAGCUAGCUUGUUAACACGCUUGGACAUUGGUGCUAGUAAUAAGUGCUCUAGCGUCAGCUUCUUUGUAAUGUUUUUGUGAUAGCUAUAGGGUAGCUUGCCGACAACUUUCCUAACACAGUCAAACAUCAAGCAAGUGCAAAACAAGACAAAGCAAGACAGAAAAUAAGUUACUGAAUAGUCCAGCAGAAAGUAGCCCCCUACCUGGCGGCUCCAGAAACUCCAUAGUGUUAUUCUAAAGGGAAAAUAAUGAUAACAAUAAACAAGAAAGAAACAUAAAGGAACAGACAGUAAUGCCGUAUGAGUAAGACUAAACUAAGGGAAGGGUUAGUCAAUUGGCCUCAUGCACAGUGGUAAACAUUCCACUCUCCAAGAGUGACCAUCCAGCAUUAAGAAAAUUCCUCAAAGAGAAGGUUGUCAAUGGUGGAGCAAUACCUGGGUGCCACCAACUCCAGGAAAAAUACUUGGGUGACGUCUACCUGCAGGAGAAAGAAGCUCUCAAGACUAAUUUAGCCAAAAAGCCUGUUGCAGUCAUAUUUGAUGAAACUCCAGAUAUAGAGGGCAGAUGUGUAUUGAACAUUCUAAUUGCACCACUGGAGAAGGAUGAGUCUGGAAGAAUUUUGGCCUACCUCGCAGACACAGUGUUCUUUGAGGAGUGUAACCACUCCACUGUGUCUAUGGCUGUUGUCAAGUGUCUUCAAGAGUACGGCAUUGAUAAUGAUGAUGUCAUGGUGUUUAACACUGAUAAUGCAGCAUACAUGAAGAAGGCCUAUACAGCUGCGCUGCAGUCCCAUAUACCCAAAUUCAUUGUAUGUAACGUGCAUGGCUCAUAUCAUGAAUUUGAUAGGCGGUGCCUUUCGGAGACCUUUUGACCAACUGAAUACAUUCAUGCUUAGUUUCUCCCAAAUGUUCUACCAUGCUGGCUCCCACAAAAGAAGAUAUCUUCAAUUCCUGACAAAAAAACUACCAUCAGGAAGCAAAGCAACCAUGGCUCCAAAUCCAUGUGCCACUCGAUGGAACUCGUGGUUCACUACAGUGCAGUACCAUUCAGAACACUUCGGACUGUACAAGGAAUUCAUUGAGAAGGAAAUCAAUACUUGUGGCAAAACCACACCUGCAUCAGUGGAGAGACUGCACGAGAUGCUCCAGGACGCCAACAUGGCUGAAAGUCUGCAGGUCCAGAUCAGCAUCACAGCAGAUAAGUGCAAAGUAAUCGUUGCACUUCUUGACAUCUUCCAGAGCAGACACCCUAUAGUCACCAAAGUUUUUGACUACCUGGAGGAUCUGCAUAUGAAGUUGGAGGUCAACAAAGAACUCCACUACGAAGAAUGCGCUCAAUACUUCGAGGGACUUGACCUGUCUUUCGCCAUCAAAAUGCAGAUUCUGAACAGAGUGGAACAGGCAUACAACAAUGCAGAGGACAAACUGAACAAAUACAUGUCAGAUGGACAACCUGCCAUUGAGUUCCUUAAAGAGGUCAGGGUGUUUGACCCUCGUCACAUUGUAUUUAUGAGUGACUGUGUGGCCAGCUACAAAUCCAUCCCAGGCUUCAGUGCUGUGCCUAAAGAUGAACUGGAUGCCUACUUUAUUCACCUUGGUCCAGCUGCACUCAGAGCUUCAGCGUGUGGAGUGGUCGAUUUGGAUGUGUUCUGGGAUGGACUUCAGGAGAGACUGCCUGUACUCAGUGUCCUGGCAUACAAAUCGGUCAUCGUAAACUCAGCAGACGCUGAGCGCAGUAACAGCAUCUACAAGCUGGUGUUGUCCAGCCGAAGGAGAUCAGCCACAAAUGACAACCUCAAAGCCUUGGUCUUCCUAUACCACAACCAGAGGCUUACCAGUGGAGCUUUUGAAAUGGAUGAGGAGGAUGAAGAUUGAGGAGGCCUUCGAAGAGGCCUAGGCAUUUAAGCCUAGUGAUCUUUCAGAUUAUACUUCUGGUGCAUUUUAUGUUGUUUAAAAAAUUCAAGAGCACAGACAAAACUAAAUGAAAUUAACGUGUACCAUUUAACUUUUCAAUAUAUAU